CAGUCUGUGAGCGGCUUUUGGCGAGUGCAGCUGUGUUUUGGUUUUCAUUUGGAGUAGUUGACAUUCUAAAUUGUGUCAUAGUUGUUAGGAAUUUAAUAUUGAAAUUAAAUAGCAAACUGCUAGCAAAUAUGCCAAAAGGCGUUGAUAAAGUAAAAGUGAACGUGAAGGAACGGGUCGAAGAUGAAAACUGUGACCUAAGCCUCUCCGAGCUGACGGAAAUACCAGUGCGUGAAAUUGCUUCGUUCAAGCGGGUUGUCUUCCUGGACCUCUCCAGCAACCGGCUGGCCACACUCGGCCACAACUUCACCACGCUCACGCGGCUAAUCAAGCUGGAUCUGAGCAAGAAUCAAAUUCGUUUUCUGCCCGAAGACUUUGGCCAACUGGAACAUCUGCGUCACUUGGACUUAUACGACAAUUGCUUGGAGCAUUUACCAUUGAGCUUUGGUCGAUUGCGUUGCUUGCGCUAUUUAGACUUGAAGGGCAAUCCCUUGACGCCCGCCUGGCAGAAAAUUGUUGGCUGCUGUUCCACAUUGAAGGACUGCCAACAGGCGGCCAAGAAUACUGUGAACAUUUGUGCAAACUACAAGUCCGAAUUCAUUGAACGUGAACGUUUAGCCGCCCAAAUGCGCCAAGCGAGCUCUUCACAAUUGGCUGGGUCCGGCGAUGGGGACGCCAGCUCCACGUCCAACCAGAGCACAAAGGCCAAUGGCGGCGAAGCAUCCAAAAAGACCGGCAAAGCCAAUAAAAAGUCAAAGUCAAAGAAAUCGGGGGCCCCAACUGAAAACGAGCUCACAAUCAAACCAGUUAAUGCCGGUCCCAUCAAAUCCACAACCAAUCAAAAGAACAAUCAAAAGAAAAAGUCCACCAGUAGCAGUAAAAGGAGAGGGUGGCUCAAAACCCUAUCGGGUGUUGCUUUCUCAUCGCUGAUGACAUUUCUGUUGCUCUUCAUGAUCAAUGUACUCAUCAUUUAUAUGAUUAUGUUCAAGAAUCCGGACAUUGCGGAUAAGCUGGUGGAGUAUAUUCCGCAUCAAUAUCGCGACUGGAUACUGACCAAAACGGAAAUCUUUCGAUUGCGCGUCACCGACUGGAUCUCAGAGUUUCGCACUCCGCCAGAGGAGCACUGACGAUUCA